AUGGCUUCACCGCGCUGCUGGUGCAGUUUCUGGGCCACGCUGCCGCUCGUCCUGCUGCGGGGGCCGGGGCUGCAGGUGGCGGCGGAGCAGGUCGCUCUGGUGGAGGUGUUCCUGGAGCAGAGGCCCGCUGUCAGCGCUCUGCUCCAGGGGGAGGUGGUGGAGGCCGGGAGGGGCAGCAGGAGCUCCGAGGGCCGAGAACAGCUGCAGGGAGAGCUGGUGCUGGUUCAAGAGGAUGAGGAGACCCAGGUGAGCGGAGUGAAGAGAGAGGACGACACCAAUGAGCAGGAGCUGUGGAUCGGGGUGGUACCUUUGGAGGUGGACGACAACAAAGCCUCCACAGGAAACCAGGAGUCCUUCACUGAUGCUAUGGUCAAUAAAAUGAAGCGAGCGUUGGUCCUCGGAGCAUCUGCGCUGAUCAUUCUGGCUCUCAACCAAAAAACUGUCACCGAGAUGGAUCUGUCUCAGGUGCUGUCCAAGCCCAUCAUUGUGAUCCAGACGUCUGAAAAUGUCACCAAGCUGAUCGGAGCUCUGCUCAGGGGUCUUCAAGCGACAGCAAAGAUCACAUACAAGACGAUCCUGCAGGACAACCUGGGAGCCACGCUCACGCUGUGGUCCAGCUGCGGGAGGUCGAGAGGAGGCCGCUACGGAGAGUGGCAGGGGGUCAUCUGCACGGGAGAGACCAGCUCUCAGGUCCAGAAGUACCUGCAGCAGCUGUGGGACACUGUCCUCCUGGUGGCUCUGAUCCUCAGCACCGGAGUCAUUGUUCAGGCUCGCUGGCAGAACCAGGACCAUCAGCGGAACGACGACCUGGAGCUCUUUCCUAAACAGGACGUCCUGAAGAGAAUGUUGUCUCUGAAGACCAAAACGUAUCGUCAGCCCAAACCGUGGUGUGACCCGUCCCAGCCGGUGGAGGCGGACAACUGUGCAGUCUGUCUGGAGCCGUUCAACAACAACCAGUGUCUACGGGUGCUGCCGUGUCUUCAUGAGUAUCACAGAGACUGUGUCGACCCCUGGCUGCUGCUGCAUCACACCUGUCCUCUGUGCAAACGCAGCAUCCUCGGAAGCGUCCGCAGAGACAGUUAACGUUCGCCUCCGACUCCUCCAGCUCUGGGAUUCAACUCUCGUCCCUCGCUCAGUGACCUAUGACCUUUUUAUGACCUCGCCGCUUCCUCCUAUCAGCAAACGGGACAAGGAAACAAAUAUAAACUCAUCUCAGCAGCCGGUCGGCCAUCAGAUUCUGACAUCUGACUUCUGACCUUCCGGGGUUGGAUGCAGCAAAUCUCACAGACACACAGUCGUAGCGUGAACACAAUACUGUGAAGUACUGGUACUGGUACUGUUGUGUGUAAACAGUACUUCUUCCUGGGAUCAUGUUACUGUACACUUUUAAUUUAAAUAUUUUCUUUUCAUGUGUGAUUUACAGCAGUGAGGACGUGACUCAUGAGGGUGUUUGUGCUCAAUGUGACUUCACACAAACAGCAGAGAAAGUCAAUUUUUUACUCCCGAGUCAAAUGUUCCUGCAUGAACAUUCAAAGCUUUAUGGUUUAACGAGGGACGUAUUGAUCUCCUGGUCUGUCUCAAUGUCACUUUAGGUACAAAUGAUGUCAAUAACCAACUUAAUAACAGAGUUAAAACGUGAUUUUAUCUCCUGUCCAAACUCAUAGUUUGCUAUUUAAUGCUAGUUGUUGAGGUUCUGUAGUUGUAAAUGUGCUACAGCUGGUAGCAGAUGUGGAAAAAGUGUUUGCACUUGUCCUUUAUAUGCCUUAUAUGACUAAACAUUAGAGUGAAAGAAACUACAAACUCAUCUUAAUUAUACUUUUAGCUGUGUAUGUUACAGUAGCUUAAUUUGUUGCAGUUUUAAACUUUUAUUGAUAGAGAUGUCAAACAUUUUCCAGAGAUUCUUUUUGAUUACAUUUAUCUGUACUUAUCUAGAUUUCCUUUUAGAAGGUGUGUGUGGAAAAGUCAGAAACAGUUAUGCUCUUAUAGUCAAACAGAUAAGAAUUGUCCCAACAGAAGUUCAUCUCAUACAUCAUUUGAUAAAACAUGUCUUCUUCUGACGUACGGCUAAACAGGUAAUCCCCUAAUCGAUUACAUUUUGCACUUGAACACAACAUCUUGAAUCUGGUGCAGUGACAUUUGUGCUUCAAAUUAAUGUGCAGACAUGAGUGAUAUUAAUCUUCUAAUUUAACGUUUGGCAAGAAAGCAAAUUUGACUUAAAAUAGAAAAAUCAAACUGUAUUUUUACAUACAGUUAAACAUUUUUUUAUUAAUGUAUUAAUUAUUAUGAUUGAUGUAAAUUGGACAUUUUUAACCCCUAACUGUGCAGCCGUACUCUGAAGCAUCUCUUAACGUCUCAAACACAUCGUACUGUGAAAGGAAACCACUCAAAA